AUGCUGCCAGAGGGGCCUUUCGCCGGCAGACGCGCCAACCGCCGAGACAAUCCCAUCUACAUGCACCUGGCCGGCGCGCAAUCCUCCUACACCGUAGGCGAUCACGUGAGAGGCGUCCUCCUCGUCGCGCCGGUGCGAUGCGCGCGCAUCGACAUGGCUCUGAGGGCCUUUUCAGUCGCCCCAAACUACGCAGGCAAAGCGGUGCCCAUCGAGUUCUAUCGCGAAUCGCAGACUCUGUUCGACUCCGAAACCGGCGACGAACUUGACCUUCUGCCCAAGAGCACAGCAAACCCUGGAAAGACGGAGAUCCCCUUCUCCUUCGCCUUUGCCCAGUAUGCGAACCUACCGCCGCCCCCAGAGAGGGACUGGUUCUGGACCGACGACUCGUACAACCACCCACGAUUCCAGCACUCUCCCGGGUUCCCACUGCCCCCGAGCUUCUCGGCGCCCGUCUCUGCCGAGAUACACAUCGUAUACCAGCUCGAGGUGACCAUGGACCAUCUCACCCCCGGCACGCUGCCAGUGAGGAUACGCCAAGAACUCAAGUACGUGCCACCACCGCCCGACUUCCAGCCUGCACUCCUCCUGCCAGACCUCAACUUUGGUAUCAAGCUGCCCAAACACUGCAGCCACCAAAAGUUCAUUCGCACGCGCAAGCUGUAUGAGGACUAUGACGAGAGGGCCGGCAAGCUCAUGAAGAUCAAGGACAAGCUGGCCGACAAGGAACUGCUCUUUGGCUUCCAGAGCUUGGCUGAGAUACCCUACGUCAAGUUUAGUCUGUAUGCGACUCCAGCUAGGGUCUUGGUGAUUGGCUGCCAAGUCCCCGCCAUAAUUACCCUCAAACAUCUUCAGCGCUCCGAGUCGCUCGUGAACCCGCCUGAUGUGUUUAUACGCCGUGUAAAGGUCCAGCUCAAUGCCGCCUUCAACAUGCUCACGCCCGGUGACCCGACGGGCCGUCACUGCAAGAAACAAGUCGUCUCCACCGAACGCGGUCAAAUACUGCUUCUCGACAAGAAAUACGAAAAAGGCAAUGGGGAGCCGCUACAUGACGGACUAGCUCUCUUAGACAUUGCAGACGUCAAGCUCACCGACCACGAUUUCAUCCCAAGCUUCACAUCCUACGGUCUGAACCUGGAGUACGAGCUGCAAAUCGAGAUCACUGGCAAGUGUGCGGACCGGGAAUGGAAUAGUAUCGUAUGUACCCAACCGGUUCAGCUUGUCACAGCGUCGCAGGCGCCCAUUCCACUAGUAGUUGGAGAUGGCGAUAUACCAUAUGGUCUCGAGCUAAGGCCAAUGUACCACGAGGUAGAUCCCUUGGCACAGCUGGACAGCCUUGGUGUGAGCCGCGAGGCUCAGCAGCUCAGAGACAGUGCGCUGGCAUAUGAGCUUCACGCAAGACACAUGGCACCAACAACGGCAGACAAUCUACCCCCUCCAGAAUAUACGGCCUAG